AUCAACUCUAAUUGACACUUACUUACUUAUUUUAAGUACAAUGACGUCGGAAAUCCUCUUUAAUGAUUGGCGAGUUGGGGUCGCUAUAGAAUGUUCCCAAUUUUGGCAUUAAUUAUAGCUUCUAUUGCUUGGCGAACACGGCCCCCAGAUCCAUCACUCAGCUGGUUACCUAAUCUCUGGUGCAGUGUUACACCAAAUUGGGCCGAUUCUCAUUUUGAGGCUCAUCGGAGCAUUAUAUCGAGCUAUUGCAUCCGAAAGUAGAUCCUAGGCCAUUUAGGGAUGAAGGAUGUGUGGUCGUGCACGGUCUGGCUAUGGGCAC